CUUGGACGUGUUCUGACUUUUCUUCCUUCAAAGGCUCAGGCCUUUUUCUUAUAUUCACCAUGACAAACGUUCUCCAGUCACCCAUUGGUUUCCAACCUAGACCAGUCAACCACGCUCCCUCUCCUUUUGGUUUCGGCUUUGGUUUAAGUUCACCAUCUUCUGCCAUGUUCUCACCUGGCUGGCAGCAGGCAGCGCCCACAGCCAACCAGUUUUCUCCAUCCCAGAACCACAAUUCAAACCAUCCACAGCCAAUGCCACUUCGUUCAGCAAAGAGAAGACAUGAGCCGGAGGAAGCCUCGGAUGAGUCGAUGGACCAGAGCCCUGGGCCUGAGCGGCGGAUAAAACGUGCUUCUCCAAAGAGAGCACGGGUUGUAUCAGCUGAAGGGCCGAAAGAUGAGAAGAAGGAAAACAAGGCUCCAGGUCAGGAAGAUAAUGAUGUUGAUCUUGGUGUCUUACUAGCGAGCCUCCCUCCACAAUCUCUUCUUCCUCUGCUGAAUUCCCUCAUCAAGGCUCAGCCGACACUCAAAUCAAUCAUCCUCCCGCUCAUCCCUCGUCCAACUGUCGAAGUUGCUCUUCAUGCCCUAUCUGAUUCCGCCAAAAAACUCAAAGAUGCUUAUCCCUACUCCAAUAGUUCGUCUUUAUUGGGCUUUGGUGUCAGCAAUAAGGUCAGCGUAUUUGGAGGUAGUGGGGCUACUUUUGGGAAGUCGGUAUUCGGACAUAGUCAGCACGGUCAAGGUCCGACAAGCUUUUCACCAUCAAGCGGCGGUGGCAUGCGUGACGACUACAUCGUGUCCAGAUUGCGUCCUCAUAUCACGGAGUUUGCUGCUGCAUGCAUGUCUUAUUUGCCCUAUUUCUCGUAUUUACCGGCAUCCGCUGAACCUUCUAACGCUCUGCAACAAUCACAUUCCACGACAUUGCGAGUCUUACACAAGGACAAAUCACAACCAGCCGAGACAUUCUUGUUUCUUUCCGCUCUUACCACCCAUUUUUUGUCACAGCCCCCGUUGGCGUUGGCUUCGCUGGUGCCUCUACUGCUGGAUAGGCUGAUAAAAGAGUGGAAUGCAUGGGUAGACAGGGUGGAUAUUGUUGUUAAUCGAGAAGGUGGAAUGUUUGGUAGCGAGACGGUGACGACUUGGGCACGAAACUUAGAUGAUUUUGCUGGCAGCAAGGACGAACGGUGUGCAGCAGCCAUGCGGUUGGUGCGGGAUACAUGGGUGGCAAAGGUUGGUUGGCUAGUGGGUAGAACGAUGCAGCAUGCCAUGGAGGAGACAUAAUUUACGAUGCAUGACCUUUUCCUUGAUAUCACCAUUCUGCUUUCACUGUAUACCUUUCACGCUUCAUAGCAUACUUAACUGACGAAUACUGCAACAUUUUCGGAUGAUUAAAUCCGAACCGUUUA